CAGUUCUAGUGCUUUGAUUUUUGACUAUCGGACAGUUGGUGUUUGUGACUUGGAUAAAAGUAUGGGAAAAUCACGUGCAGACUUGUUUGGACGAGGAUCUACUUUAUGUGCUGGAGCAGAUACUCCUCUUAGCGAAAUAUUUUUAUUCAUACAAAACGGAGAACAAUGAGUACAUACUCGGAAUUUAAACUCAAGUGU